ACUGAAGAAAACCAGUGUCAGUAAAUACAGUUUGGACCUACAUUUGUAAAUGCAACUUAAAACUCAACUAUGCAAAGCAAAAGCCAUUUAUCAACAACAACCAAAAACGGUGGUCACUUAUCUGGGAUGUAGCACAUCUCAGUCUGAUGCAAAAUGGAAGUGUUCUGACCAAUACUUCUGAUUUGUUUAAUACUGUGUUUUAGGAACCUGAUGUACGUAUCAAUAUAAACAUGAAAUGAUUCAUAUUAUUGGGUUUAUUUAGUGGCAAACCCUUGACAUAAAUUACACAAGGUAAUAGCAACACAGUCUCAAUAAAGUUUUCCGUUGAAAAAAGCUAGCGUGUGACGUCACGACGCCGCUGUUCAGAAAGUACCGUAAAGCAUGCACAAAAAGAGCGGAUAUUUUUUUGUGAGCGUUUUUCUUGGGGUGGCGGAGGUAUAUCUGUGUAUAUCGCCUGAACUGGAGCUCAGCUUAGCGUUCGUCAGACUUUCAUAUGCACAGGAAAUCAACUGGUUUAGGCGUCCGCGCCAAUCGCCUGCCACCUGUCAUGAGGACGCACCUGGCCUUCGAAGGACCAAACCGCCAUCAUACAACAAAAUGGCGUCCGCACGUGUGGGCGGCAAAGGCCGCGGCGUAAUUCUUCGGAUCAUUACGGUAGAUCCGGAUGGAACGCGAAGGAGGCGGGAGAGUUGUGCCAGAGGACGCCGACAGAGGAGAGCAUCCAGUCGGCCUCAGAAACCAAGCGAGCACGCGAGCGAGCUGGUCCCUACGCACGCGACCCACCCUCACUUUGGCCAGGCGGCGGCGGUGGAGGAGGCGGCCCUCGACAUGAGCCGCUAGCAUGAACGGAGCCGUGUACAUUCCGUUCUUCCAGGGCCAGCUCGAGUCCGUCCUGGAGCAGGUGGUCCAGCUGGCCGUCCACGAGAUCAGCUCGACGGUGGGCUCCAGCCUCAACGCGCUGCUCCUCGAGGCCGCCGCCCAGGAGCAGGAGAACCGCCGGCUGCGGCUCCGUUUGCAGGCGUGGGAAAACCACCACGGACAUAACAAGGGGGGCGCCGAGGAGCACCGGGAGAGCCAGGCGGCGGCCGCCGGGGACGACGGCUUGGACGGGGUCAGGAAGAAACCCGAGCAGCCGGCCAAGCCCCGCGGACCCACCGACAGUCGCCGCCUGGAGCAGAGGGGCCGAGUCGUGGAGCAACUGAAGUCUGUGAUGGAGCGCGUCCUGCACUCGGCCCUGUGCCAGCUGAAGAAGAUGGUGGAAGCAUCGUUUGACGACCUCCUGCUGGAGAUCACGCAGAAGGAGUGCGAGAGGCAGACGUUGCAGGCCCGGCUGGACUGCAGACGGGGCUCCGCACGCCGGGAGGCCCGAGACAACCCGGGCUCACCCGGCGGCUCCGAGGCUGCCCCCAAAGACACCUGCCCGGAGCCGGCCGAGGAGACGGGUGGCACUGGCGGAACAGAGGACAAGGCAAACGCGGUGGCGUUCGGGCACGAGUGGUGCGGAGAUAUCUGGAAGCCGAAAGGCUCGGUGGGAGGAGGUGGGGCGGGUGGGCGCGGCUCAAGUGAGGGCCCUGACCCGCCACUACCUCCCGUUAUGGCGCUGACCCUUGAGUCGCCCCGUCUGCAGGACCCCCGAUGGACGCCUUUGGAGGAUAUGGAUGUCCUCUGCCCUGAUCGGGAUGCCGUGCCCGCAUCCGCUCCUCCCCCACUGACCCCUUCAGGAAGUUGGGGCAUUCACUCGUCAGCCUCCAUGUUGCAGCGUCUACUGACCGCGUCGCAGCUCCCGGACGACCACGCGGGCGCCACACACAAGAAAGCGCAGGAUGCCAGGGUUAUGCCCACUGGCCAGGGAACCAAUCAGCAACAGGAAGAGGAGGAGGAGGAGCGGAAGGAGGAGGAGGAAGAGGACAAACACGACCAGGGGGAAGAAGAAGAAGAGGAAGAAGAGGAGGAGAAAGGGAGGAAGAAGAAGCGACGUAAGGUUUGGUCCGAGUGCGAGGAUUGCGGCCGCAGGUUCAGCCGCGUGUUGCAGCUCAAAGCUCAUCGGCAGAUUCACGCCGAUGGCAACGUCGCCGUCACGUCAUCUCGUUGUUCACUCUGCGGCAAGACCUUCCCCUCGGCCGGUCGCCUCCGCAGUCACCUGCAAGCCAAACACCGGUCGUGAGCCCCCCACUCGUCCCCCGCUGCUACUGGGCAAGCCAUCAGCAACGGUACCCAUGUCCACACACGCAGAUCUUUGUGAUAAAUGUGAAACGUGCCAAAAAAAAAAAGGAGACUUCAUCACGAAGAUGACCACGUUUACUCCAAUCGAUCAAAUCGAUCACAAGUAGAGUCACAACCCGUAUUUAGUGCGGGGGAUCCAUUCCACAAAUAUUCGCAGCAUAGAGGGAGACCUCACUUUUUGUACUUUUUAAUCACUUUACUCCUCACACACCACUUGAAGCACAUUAAAUUGUUCAAACACACCAAAUCUUAUUGAAAGACCUAUUGGGUCAAUAUGAUUUGAGAUAUGAGUGACAAAAACGGGCAAGGAGGGAAUUGAACUUGUAUCUCAAGGCAAUUGCGGGUUGGAAAUAAUGAAUGAUUCCCAACGCAACAACUGCAUUUGCUCUCUCCUGAGUCAUUUGGAAACUGUCAAGAGAAAAAAAAGCCACAUUUGAACAAGAUUGCUUCAAAACAGGCAGCCGAGCGGGGCGUCACCGCACAAGUCCGAAGUCGACGGCAACAAAGUAUCAAGAACACUUCCUGUCCUUAAAAAGGAAGCAAGUGGCUGCCCAAUUGUCACACACGCACAGAAAGCGACGUUCACGUCAUCUGACCUCGCCACGUUUGAACAACGUGGAGUCGCAGGAGGACUUUUGAAUCAAGACAAUCUUUUGCAAAUGUGAGGAGCUCGGCUCACUGACGGACGCGUUUGGGACAUUGCGGGCGUUUGCCGGUCUCUCGGCAUUUGCUGUCAUGUUUUUUUUUCCCCCUCAUGUUGGACUUGUGAAGGUUUCCUUUGACGUCCCCUGUCGUGGCGAUCCAGUUGCACCUCCCGCCGCCACAUACCUCAUUUUUGACUGCUUUCCACACACACGCCUGUUGUUACCUCAGCCGACCGGUCGCCACUCGUUUGUUUUGCUCGGGGGACAUGUUUGGAGGCGACGGAAGACGUUGCUCGGGCGUGACACGCAACUGACGAGAACAAACUUGUGACGGCCGGUCCUCAAUGUGAAUUUCUUUGCUUUUUGUUUUGAUUUGUCGUCGCUCGCGUAAAACCUCAAAAUGACCUUUUCAUCGUGUUUGCAAACAACAGGCGCAGUGCCGGAAGAAAGGAAUAAAUUCGUCAUAUUUUUGAUUGACAGCAACUCUUUCACGAGCUUCUGAGGCGUUAGCCAAGUUGUGUGCGUCUUGCAAGGGGCACUUAAUCAAUGUAUGAGAGGGUAGCCUGGUGAUUAUCGUCAGCCUUAGUGUCAAUAUUAGUCUCAGUACUGAACAAAUUCAACUAGGUUGGAGGCAACGUGUCCUUCAUUUUGUCCCUAAUGAGCUCCAGUUUUUCCCCAUCCCCCCCCCCCCACCCCCACCCAAUAGGAGGUGCUGUUGGAACUAGGCUGUUGCUGGCUUAGCACAGCUACUGUAAGCAUGUGUGUAUGUACUGUAUCAGAUAAAGCAGGUGUUAUUUGAACUAAGAACGGAUCAUUCAAAAAGAAAUGAUUGGUUUUGGCUUAAAACGAGAGCCGUUUUCUAUUUUGGGAAACUAUCGCAGUCAAGUUUAUUCGCUGGCCAUUUCAGGAAUGUAAAAAUAAACUUGACUUCAGCCAGGCUUCACAGGCCUGUGGUUGAUAAAGAUUGGUGACAUCCCCUGAUCUAAACCCCCGACUGGGCAAGGGAAAACGCCAAAAGCCAUUUGACUGAUUAAAAAAACUAAACAAAAAGGAAAAAAGCCCAAAAUGGAACACCAAGAUGAACAGGCUGCAACGGAUGCCGAGUAGACAACAUUUUCACAUAGUGUAGUUCCGUACGAUGUCGUUUAAAACGUCUAACCAUGCAGCAGAUUUACUAAGUGAGCACGACAAGCACACUACUUUGAUCUGGUUCACUCUCGCUGUCUUUUUUUUUUUUUUUUUUUUUGACUCGAAUACCUCCAAAUAAUGGCGGAUGAUCCCCACGCGUGUCUCUGCGUUCGUUGCUCCCGCCAUUAGAUGUUUGUCAUUGGCUGAAUUCAUCUGACAUCCCACGUCAAACAUGAACAGGGCUUUGUACUGAACAAAGAGUUCCGAGCACGGAAAAAUCUUUGAUUUUGAGAUAUUAAUAUCUUGAAUGUUAAUGUCUAUAUUUAGCUACUGUAACGACGACUCAUUCAGCCCGACAGAAAAGAUGACGAGCUAUAGCGGGUGUAAUUAAAGGGUCAGCGGAGUGACAUCGGCAGGGGGCAUUGUCAACACACAUGCACACCCCUCAAAUGUACGUAAUGUGGAGAGUGAGAGGCUGCUGCAGAUUAGAUUCCCAUCACUCAAACUAAAUGACACCAUUGUUUCUUUCGACUUUGGAUAUUUGAGGCCUGCCCGUGGGGACAGACGGAUGCGGGUAUACUUUGCCAAAAAAUGUUUUUCAUGGAAUGUGUAUGAGUGGUUUAGCUAAAUUGGCUAGCCUGGGACAUCAUGGUGCCAAGAUUGAGAGAAACCCCUUUUUUAAAUGUCAACUGUGCAACUGGAUGUCACGUGUUGUCUCCAUGUCCUAAUUUCUCACUGUUUUGCUCGGAUUCAUGCCAUCGGUCGAUGGGCGCCUCAUUGAUAUUCAUUUGAUGUUGUCAAAUUGUACGUUUUGACAGUGGCCGUGAUCUGAACAAACAUUGGGACCGGAUCUUAAUAGAUGGGUUUUCAAUUGUUUUUUUUCCCCUUCCUUAUUUUAAAGCAAUGGACUGUUUAUUGUAACGCUCUAAUUUUUCCCCCCCAACUUGAAAUCCGAGCAUUUUCUCACUCCAUCUUAGACACACAAAAAAAACUUGUUUUUGCUGACUCGAAGCAGUCUUGUGGGCGCUAAAGGGAAGAAGCGAUGCUCUUUGUCGACAUGAGCGCGCACACAAAUGGGAUCAAUAGUGUGUAUGUUUUGUAACGUUGCUGAAAUUGUCCGUUUUUUUGGAUGCAAUACUUUUGAUACUUUUUUUGUAUUUGAAUGUUGGUCAUUGAUGUGAACUUUAAUGUUUUAGCGUUGAUCAAGAACGUCAAUAAACGUGGACAAAUGAGCUGCACGGCAGCAUGCUAAUGAA